UAAGCUGUGAGUUUGAGGAGGGAAAUCUAAUACCAAGCAGAGGUGCUGAAGAACUUCAGAGUUCCUUGUUAAGCUCCUUGAUGGAGACAAAAAUCUUCUACAGCAGAGAUAUAAAAGGCUUCAGUCCUUAAGUCCUAGAAGUUACCAAUAAGGCUGGCAAUCUGGACUGCGUGUUGGAGUGACUGAUGGCUAAAGCAGAAGAGACAGAAUGGAAGAUGCUUGCCUUAAUCAUGAAAUGGCCUGGUUUGGGAGGGACCUUGAAAAGAUCAUCCAGUUCCAACUUCCCUGUCAUAGGUGGGGUCACCUUUCGCUAGACCAAGUUUUUUAAAGCCCCAUCCAGCCUGACGAACACUUCAGUAGGGGGAUCCACAGCUUCUCUGAAUAACCUGUUCCAAUGUCUCACCACCCUCACAACGAAGAAUUUAUUUUUAGUAUCUAAUCAAACCCUACCCUCUUUCAUUCUAUAGUCUGUGGGAAAAGUGAAAAAAUAUUAUAUUUGAAUUAUGGUCAACUAUUAUUAGAGGGUUUUGCCAGUUUUUGAUAGAAGAGAGUUUAGAAGCCCUGUGACGUGGCAUUGCAGCAAGCACUGACAGGCACAGACCAAUGGUAUCAGGGAAACAAGUUAUUUAUACCCAUGUUUUGUGUUUGUUAACAAAAUGAGUGAGCUGACCCUUAUACCAACCAACUGGAAUCUUCUAUCUCCCUCAGUGUAAAGGACACUCUUCAGAGAGCUGCCUGGAUACUGUUUGAAUAUCAGCCAGCACCACAAAGGGAAAGAGUCUUGGCAGUACUGUGUGGUUAACCCCAAGGUUUUUUAUUUUUGGCAUCAGAUGCUGCCUGCAUUUCCCCCCAGUGAAUUUCCAGAUGGUCGUGCAAGGUGGAUUGAAUUGCAGCAUGAUCAGAUAUGGGAGUACAGACCAAGGUUUUACAGAUUAGAGGCAGCUAGGAAUUUUUUAUUUUAUGUCACUUAUGAAAUAGUAGCUAUCAGCCAGCACUAUAGUACAGCCACUUAGUAUCUAUUUUUUGUUGAUGGAAUAGUCCAAUGGGUUAGGAAAAAGAAGUGUGUAACAUGCUCCAAGUGGUUCAUAUUUUGUCAUUUGGCAGUUUUCUGCUAAGACUCUCCUAAAAGGUGAGCAAAGUCAGGUGGUUGAUUUUGAGGUAGUAAAAAUUGACCAGUGGCAUCUCCUGACUCCCUAGAAGGGAAGCACUGUUAAACAACCCUCUGAGAGCAGAAUGCCCAAGAGUUAUAACACUUCAAAUCUACCUUUUUGUAAAUUAGGGAGUAGGGAGCUAAGGCUGUUCUAAAGUUUUGAAAAUUAUUUUGACCUUUUCAAGGCUGCAGAUAAAGACAGAAGUCCACAUUAAGUUUGAUGGAGGCAGCUGGAUUUUUAGAACUAAAUAAAGCUACCCUCAUUUGUACAACUUAGGUAGCCUGAAUCCAUGAGUUUCCUCAACAGUUAGUGUAGUAUAACCAAAAAUUAUAUUUAGCCUAAGCUACAAAGUGACAACUGGAUGUAAAUAGAGCAACGAGGUAGCAGCAGUUUUGAGUAAAUCGGGGAUGAGAAGUUGGAUAAGAAUAUUAGUUCCUAAAUGGGAACAAGUAUAAGAGAUGCAAGCUGCAAACAUUAUUUCACAGAAUCCAUUAGGUUGGAAAAGACUUCUGAGAUCAUUGAGUCCAGGCUUUGACCAAACAUACCUUGUCAGCUAGACCAUGGCACAGUGUCAUUGCUUGACAACCCUUUCUGUGAAGAAAUUCCUCCUGAUGUCCAUCCUGAGCCUUCCCUGGGGCAGCUUGAGGCUGCUGUCCUCUCAUCUGGUUGCCUGGAGGAAGAGAUGCUGACUCCCAGCUGGCUACAUCCUCCUUUCAGUGUCUGAGGAGGUACAGACGGCUCCCGAUCUUCUCCACUACUUGCCAUUUCAUUCUUUGGACUAUAAAUGACAGAGGAACUGAAGUGCUAGCAGAGGGUAAUGUUUGGAAAACUUUCUAGUUAUUCAUCAGCACAGACUCUGGGUUUUUUCCACCUUUCCCCAACGGCUUUGGACAUGCAAGGAUUAAGAAGGAUACUGACUGCUUUCACACUGGCUGUCUGCCUUUCAAGCCCUGGAAAAGCACAGCAGCAAUGCACUAAUGGGUUUGACCUGGACCGUGCCUCUGGGCAAUGCUUAGACAUUGAUGAGUGUCGGACUAUUCCUGAGGCCUGCAGAGGAGACAUGGUGUGUGUGAACCAGAACGGGGGCUACCUGUGCGUGCCGCGGACAAACCCGGUGUACCGCUCGCCCUACCUGAGCCCCUACUCCAACGCGUACCCGCCGCCCCCCGCGCCCAACUACCCCACUGCCACCCGGCCUCUGAUCUGCCGCUUCGGCUUCCAGCUGGAUGAAAACAACCAGUGUGCUGAUGUGGAUGAAUGCGCUUCAGAUUCUCACCAGUGUAACCCCACCCAGAUCUGCAUAAAUACUGAAGGGGGCUAUACCUGUUCAUGCACUGAAGGCUACUGGCUGUUAGAGGGGCAGUGUUUAGACAUAGAUGAAUGUCGCUAUGGCUACUGCCAGCAGCUGUGCGCCAACGUGCCCGGCUCCUACUCCUGCACCUGCAACCCAGGCUUCACCCUCAACGACGAUGGGAGGUCCUGCCAAGAUGUGAAUGAAUGUACAAGUGAAAACCCUUGCACUCAGACCUGUGUCAACACCUAUGGCUCUUUUCUCUGCCGCUGUGAACCUGGCUAUGAACUGGAAGCUGACGGAGUUAACUGCAGUGACAUGGAUGAAUGCAGCUUCUCAGAGUUCCUCUGCCAGCACGAAUGUGUGAACGGGCCUGGUUCUUACUACUGUACCUGUCCCUCGGGAUAUAACUUGCUUGACGACAGUAGAAGCUGCCAAGAUAUCAAUGAAUGUGAAAUCAGAAACUUCACCUGCACCUCACAGCAAACAUGUUUCAAUAUCCCAGGAGAAUAUAAGUGUUUAGACCCAGUACGAUGCGAGGAGCCUUAUCUCCAGAUUAAUGAGAACCGCUGCAUGUGUCCAGCUGAAAACCCUGGGUGCAGAGAUCAGCCCUUCACCAUCCUGUACAGAGUGAUGGAUAUGGUGUCUGGGAGGUCUGUGCCUUCGGAUAUUUUUCAGAUGCAAGCAACAACUCGCUACCCUGGAGCCUAUUACAUCUUCCAAAUCAAAUCAGGGAAUGAGGGCAGGGAAUUCUACAUGCGGCAAACGGGGCCCAUCAGUGCCACUCUGGUGAUGACCCGGCCCGUGAAGGGGCCGCGCACGAUCGAGCUGGACUUGGAAAUGAUCACUGUGAACACCGUCAUCAACUUCAGAGGGAGCUCUGUCAUCCGGCUGAGGAUAUUUGUAUCACAGUACUCCUUCUAAACCUCCAGUCUGUGCCCUGGAAACAUUAAGCCAAAAGAGACAGUUCCUCCCCUGCAGAACUCUCUCCUCCAAAGCCAGUACCUAUAGCAGCUCCAGACCAAAUCACUAUUUCCACAGAGCCGGUGACCUAUGCCUGUCUAGAGGCCUCUUCAUGCACAGUCCCAACCAGGAUGCAAACAUCUGAAGAUCCCAUGUGAUUGUCUGUGUGGUCAUGCAUUUUAAGGACUCUUCUUCUCACUGUAAACUCUUCUAGGGCGUGAGUCUAUGUGAAAGACUGUGAACCUUUGUAGCUCCAAGGCUGCUUAGCAGAAAGCACCAAAAAAACUGAGGAAAAAGCUGGCUUUUGCAAUCUUGCCUUUUAAAAAAAAAUUUUCUUUAUAAAUGAAAAGCAGACAAACAAGCAGAAACAGAAACAAAAAACCCACCUACUGAAACAAGGGACCGCAGGAGUCCCAAUCUGCAUUCUCCAUUAUCUCUGGAUUUAUCAGUCAGGCACUUUGUUUCAAUUCACCCUGCAUUUGCCUUAGUUUCACCUGGGUUUUUCAUUCUAUUUUAUAGUUUAAAUUCAUUGUAAAUUCAUUCCAAAAAACGUGUUGUACUAUGUAAUCUUUUGCUUUCUGACAAAGUGUCACCUGUUUGGGUUCCUUUCUGUAUUAAAUCUUUCUGUAUAACAGAGUUCAUAGAAAUCUAUCACUGGAUGGUGUGUUUUACAACAUUUAGGAUUUUAUGCUUAUUUACUCCAAGAUUUUUGACACAGGCCUCCACUGCCAGAAUAGUGUCCAGCAUAAGCAGAGACUUUAGAGCAGAUUAGAAUCGGAAUUUUAUUUUUCCCUGUUUUCCUGAGUGUGAUAGUUGCAAACAGUGUGUAAUGGCUACAAGGUAGUAAUACUAACUCUGUAGGUAUGGCUGCAAUUAAUCUCCUGUUCAAAUACCACUCAGGUCAGACCUGUCCAUAUUUCUUCAGAAAAUAUUAAUUGGUUUGGUUUUUUUUCACUUGCAAUCUCUCUCCUACACUUCUAAGAUGGGGGGAAAUAGCUGAAAAGGACUAGGAGCAGUCUUAUUCAUGCUUCUACCACAAAGCAGUCCAGCCCAUACCAGUACCCCGAUCUCAAAUAGUGGGAUCUCACAGUUUUCUUGGGCAUUGUCUUCUCAGGUAUAACUGCUGUAACCAAAAACAAAGUUUCUUCUAAAGUCUAAAAAAAAUCUGAAUCUCCAUUGUAAUCUGUUGCUUUUUAGCCUACUUCCAGUAGAAACUGAGAACAGUUUAUCUUCCCCUUUGCAGCAGUCUAACGUUUCUGAAGACUGUUGUCAUGUCUCCCCUCAGACUGUUCUUCUCUAGUCUAAACAAACCCAAUUCUUUUGGUCUUUCCUCAUACAUCACAUUUUCUGGACCUUUGAUCAUUCUUGUUGCUCUCAUCUGGAUUCUCUCCAGUUGGUUCACAUCUUUUUUGAAGCACAGUGCCCAAAACUGUGAAAAGUAUUCCAGCUGAGGCCUCUCAGAGCUAAGCUAAAUCUAUACAUAUGUUUAAUAGUUUGAAAAAAAAUUAAAAAUUGUAUAGUUGGAAGGUAUAAUGUGUUAUGAAGCCACUGGAACUUUGGUCUUUUAUUUUAAUAGGGAUGAGGGUUUAUCCGCCUUGUUCUUAAAUCUGUUUGAAACAAGCUCUUUUACUUUGUUUUUCCUUAUUGGCUUUUUGGCUCUAGCAUUGCUAGGACAGGCAGGAUAACCUUUGCUUGUCUUCUGAGAACUGGAAGUGCUCAGUGCUACUUGGGAGAGGUUUACAAAGAUUAUACUGUGAGCAACUCGGAGCAGAGCAGCAAUGUGAGGUGUUCAUUAAAGUGGAGUAUUAAAUGGGGGAAUACAGACUUGGAAAGUUAUUACAACACAGACUGCAUGAUACAAUCAGAAAACUGCCUCUUGUUCCUAGUAAGAUUUGUGAAUUAGUAGAAACUCUGUUCUUUUUCCUUGUCCUCAGCUUGAAGGAAGCCCUGAUGCUCUCAGCUAUGAAACACUGAGUUUAGCAUCUUCCAUUUCUUAAUGGUUUAAAGGUUUUCUCUCUGCUGCUACAACAUCCCAGGAUGCUGUGGCUCAGAGCUCUGUCCUUUAUUGUAAAAACAAAAAGCCUGGAGACUGACUCCAGGGUUUAGUGAGCCAAGCUGAAGGCCAAAAGCCAAUGAGUUUUAUGAGCAGCCGACUUGGAGGAGAUAAAUGCAGAGGAAAUGGGCAGAGAAAUAUCAGAAACAAGAAUUUGUUUCCUGAGUGUAUCAUGGCUCAUCAAGUACCACAGUCUUGGAGGGAAAAAUAGAGAUGACUGGGAAGGAAGAAUGAUAAUUUAUAACCAUGGGACUGAAAGUGCUCCUGCUCCAGACAAUGGAAGUAAAACAUGGGAAGCAUUCAGGCUCCAGUGGACCAGAUAGCAGCCGUGGGGCAGACAGGCUCUUGCACUGAAAAUGUCCAACUCUUAAAAUGCUGACAGCUUUCCCAGUGCUUAAAAUCCCAUCUUCCCCCCUUUUUGUGCCCUUGUGUUAUGGCUUCUCCAUGCCCAGUUGAGGAGUCCUCUUUUCCUGCCAGCACAUCACCUCCUAGAGUGGAAGCACACCCUGUUAGACAUCAGACAGUUUGUCACUUCUGGCCUGCUCUCCCAUGGCCCCCACAUACCAACCUGAUUUAACCCUAAUUUAGAAACAUCAAAACCCAGAGGAAUUCCAUAACAAAACACUUUGUUAAAAGAGUAAAGCUUGAGUGCUUGGUUUUAGCAGGGUCCAGCAAAUACUCAUAAAACAAUAUUACACUUUCUAUAUAAACAUUCUGCGCCUCAAAAAAAAAGUGAAAAGUCUGGAAACAAAGGAAUUCAGCCACUUCUCAACCGCCAUAACAUCUUUCAUCACUCACUAUCACUCCAGCCAACUUAAACUUUGCCAAAAUAUAUGCCAAUCUCAAAAUAAUAAAUUACUAGCAGUUUAUAACAUCUAAACUCUCUAUUUCCUAGUCAGGGGUCUGUUUUCAAUAGACCAUUGCAGACUCAAAUAUUAAAGCAAUUCUCACCAAAUAAAAAAAGUAGACUACGCAUGUCAGGUUUUUACAGUAUGAAAGCUAAAAUGUAAACAUGCAACUGUUUCAUAUAUUCAUGUUCUUCUUUGAGGCCAGGACUCCUCAAAAGCAGACAGAAUUCCAGGUCUGCUCAGAAAAUGAUUCUUUACUCUAAUCCACUGCUGAUGAUUUUCUAACACGAAGAGUUUUGCCAUAUGGUUGAUGGCCAGUGUUGUGACCAGCACCAAGGGAGAGCACAGACCCUGGUCUGGGUGUGUGGGGCUUCCCUCUGGCUCUGCUUGCUCAGGCUGGCAGAGCUAUUCCCUUGCCAAGCAGGGAAGGGACAGCUCUUUGCCUCUCCUGCUUGUUGGCUGUCAUGUCUGUUUGAACAUAGGGUCUCAGCAGAAAAACUGCCCUCCACUGUGUGUCUGUACAGCACCUAGUGCCAAUGCAAUAACUGGAAUAAAGGUAAAAGAAAGCAGAUAUGGCAGUAAUCUUUGAUACAGACCACAGCAAUUGGGAAGGAGAAGCUAUUCUGAUAAAUGAAAAAUUGGCUCAUGCAAGUUGGGUUAGGUGCCAGAGGGAGUAGAAUGAACCCUAUCAUCUGCUUAUUUGACUUUAAGAUAUUUUUAGGGAAUUAACUGUUUGGACACAGACAACAGAAUGUUAUUUCACCAUGAGUUUCCUGGAUCCCACAGAAGCGCUUUUCAACUGGUGAUUUUCACUGACUACAAUAACUUUGUUUAAAAAAACUCAACUUCUUUUGAGAACCUGGUCACCCACCAUCACUGAGUGUAGUGUCCAGGGCCAUUCAUAUGAGCUCUCUCCUUUUCAGUUGGAGUCCUGUAUUCAUAUUUACCUUUUUUUUUUUUUACUUAGUCUUCAGAAGAGCCAACUUUUAUUGUCUCAUAAACAUGGUACCAGCAUCAACAGAACUUAUAUAAUAAUUUUUUCUCUGUCUAGAGCUGGCAGAACAAUACAAUCAGUAUAAUUUGUGGUCAUGCAGGUUCUCCAGUCUGGCUUAUUCACAGAAUAUGCUACUGAAUGUCUUCCACAGCAUGUAGCUGUAUUAGAGCACAAGGAAAAUACAAUAACGUAAAGAUGUUAAAAAAAAAAAAGGAAUAAAAGUAUGCCCUAAUGUUAUUCAAUCUUGACAGGCAUUAUUGUCAAAAUAAAUCUCUAUUCUCUGUGGACAAACCCUUCAGGUGGUGUUAAUCUGCAUGACUGAUGUUUUUCAAUGGAAAGAUAACAAGCAUCCUUAGAAUCUUCCCUGUGUUUGUGUGAAGCACUGCACACGUAUCUGUAUAGGAGAAUUUACAGAAGCUACAGAAGUGCUGCUGUGGCUCUGCAUGUGGAAGUCAAAGAGCUGUAAGGUAACGUGGCACAAGCAAAUUCUGCUUCCUCAUCUGACAAAAGUCCAGACAAGUGUUCUACACUCAUUACAUUUUGUUGUUUUAAGUCUUUGGACCAAUUUUGAAUAGCUCAACCCCAAAGCAGGUGCCAUGCAUGAAGACAGGAUGAUGGCCAUAACUAGACUUUUGGAGAUUCUGCAGAAAGCCUGCCUCAGAAAGGUGACAUGUGCCAAAGGGUCAGUGCCACCGGGAGUGUAAUGGUCCAGAGGCAUUUGUGUGGGGAUGUCAGUGACAGCUGACUGCUCUCUGCACCUGCCCCUUUCCUCACCUGUGUCAGUGCAGAGUGUAAAUGAAGUUUUUAACUGUGCACAUCAGCUGUGGAAAUCUCACCUGUUCCCAUUCUUAGCUCAAACUUCUGAGAUCCCUCUAGUGGUUUGCAAACUGAUCCCACUGGGUAACUCAACAAAUACUGGUGAAGCCACAUGAGGGAGAGUUUGGGUACAGCUUUUACACCAGGAAGUAAAUAAUGAUGCAGUAACCUCAUUGUAAGAAUGGAGAAACGUAUCUGAGUAGCAAAGGGAUCUGUAGGAAACACUACAGCAAUUAAUAACUCCAGAAAUAUUCAAUCUCUUCCAAUUCCCUUUCCCAUAUCCCUGAGGUCACUCAUUUUCCCUUUCUGGUUUGUCCUGGACAAAUGAUCUCAUUACACUCAUGCACUGCAAGCACAUGCCAAGUGAACUCCACUUCUUCUCUGGUACUUAACAGUUGUUUUUGGAGAUCAGUUAUAGGCCAUUUGUCUUUUCUAGGGCCUGACUGAAAUUACUCUUCUCAAUUACCUCAAUUACUCUUCUAAUGCCCAGGAAAGAUCCAUUAUUUUCCCACCACGUUAUUCUGCAGCCAGCACCUGUUCAAGGUUUUCGUGUCUUUCACUGGAGAUGCAGUCACUGCCAUGUUGUAAGCACUCUUACAGCAAAGUAUGAGCUGGGAAUGGCUGAAGGGAUUGCUCAGCCUGCUGGUAGAGCCUGGCUUUAUGAAGGAUUUUAAAAACCCCACAACUCCUCAGUUUUCAAGGUGAAAGAUGCUCUUCUAGGUGCAGAUUUUCUCUGGAAAUGGCAUCUAUUAUUGUGUUGGCUUGAUAGUUGCAAGGCUGUUUAAGAAGUCUGAUAAGGACAUGCUUAUGCAAUACACCCUUAGGCUUUACAAACCUUGGAUAAGGUUCUUCCAGUUUGCAAACAGAGUAUGUGGCCCAAGUCAGAGAGAGUUCAAUGUGAUCAUCACUGUGCUGAAGUCAGUGAUCACUAAACACCUCACCUCGUCUGGAUUUAGCCCAGUUUUAUUUUAAGUCUCAAAUCUCAGUGUCAGUGGUAUAAAUGUAAGCAGAUAUGUAUUAUUUUUAGAGUAAAGCUGAAAGCUUCUUUCCUGUGAAUAAAUAAUAGUAUGAUUGCAGUA